AUGAAAGAAGCAGGGGAUAAGUAUAGAUCUUUUUUGCACGAUGAAGCCAAAAAUAUAGAGUGGAGACACGGUGGCCCUCCCAUUUACGACGCCGUUAACAAGCUUUUCGAGGAAGGCCGCACCAAGGCAUCUAUCUAUGAUCUAUCUAUUUAUCUAUCUAUCUAUUUAUCUCUUUUUUAUACGUAUAUAUGUAUCUAUUCUGAUCGAUGUGGACGAGGAAGAGAGGGGCUAUCCGGUGAAGAGACGCUGAAGUUGGGGAGCUACAACGCGUUGUUGAAGAGCUCAUUGCCUGAGGAAUUCAAAUAUUACAAAGCCGAGGAAGAAAGCUUUGAGUCGUCGCACGACGCAUUCCGGGCGGCGCUUCCACGGGGAUUUGCGUGGGAAGUGGUGGCGGUAUACUCAGGGCCGCCGCUCAUCGCCUUUAAAUUCCGGCAUUGGGGUUACUUUGAAGGCCCCUUCAAAGGCCAUCCCCCCACCGGAGAGAUGGUGCACUUCUACGGAGUAGGAAUUCUCAAAGUGGAUGAUUCUUUGAGGGCUGAGGAUGUGGAGAUAUACUAUGAUCCAGCUGAGCUUUUUGGUGGACUUUUAAAACAACCAAUUGUUUCCAAUUCCGACCAACCUCAAAACUGCCCAUUUCAACACCACAAAACCUCUUAA